AUGGGUGGUGGUGUUGUAAUUUUCAUGGCACCCAAUGUCAUAUCUGACGUUACGCCCAUGAAUCAACGCGCUUUGUUCAAUAAUGUACUCUAUGUGACCUUUGCACUUGGCUUAAUUCUUGGACCGAUCAUCGGUGGUCUGUUCGUAGACUACUUAUCGUGGCGAUGGACAUUUUACAUGCAUGGGCCACUCUCAAUCAUAUCCAUUGUGAUGUUGUUAUUUAUUAUUAAGGCUCCAACUCCGGUUGGUCCGGUGCGCGCCAAGUUGAAACGCAUCGAUUGGCCUGGCAUCUUCCUGUUGCUGUCAGGAUCGUUGCUUGUCCUCUUACUGUUAAACUAUGGCGGAAUCAGAUUCGCCUGGUCCAGCAUCCCAAUAAUUGGAAUGUCCGUGUCGGGCAUACUCAUAUUAGCGGCAUUUGUUACAUUUGAAGUGAGGUUCGCUGCAGAACCACUCAUUCCCGGAUUUUUUUUCAAUGACUCUUGUCUACGCGCGGUGUUUGGUGGAUUCUUUUUUAUCGGAUGGGUUCAGGUGGUCGUCGGUUACUUCACUCCGAUCUACUUUCAAAACGUCCUAGGAUUUACAGCGACUGCAUCCGGCAUAGCCCUCUUGCCAUUUUUAGUUAGCAUGGUUGUCUCCUUCGGAUUGGGUAGCAUUGUGGUAUCGUGUACCGGCCGUUAUAGGUGGCUCAUAUACAUCGGCUCGUUAUUGCUCAUUGCGGGCAGCGCACUGCUGUCAACGUACACGUUGGACACUGACGGAGCAUUACGAACCGCAUCUCUGAUAAUAGUUGGAAUUGGCAUCGGAUCUCUUUCAAUCCUUUCCACACCGGCCCAGGCAGCUGCGAAAGGAAGGGAAAAAAGGAUUAUAGCUGGAUUAUGUAAUUUUUUCCGAGGAAGUGGUUGGGCCGUUGGCAUGGCAGUUUCCGGUGCCCUGUUUAACAACGAAAUAAUAUCACACAUUCAAAAUUCAUCGAUUGCUACACUAAAUGAUGCCCUAUCACCAGAGAGUCUAAGCAAUCUUCCCUCGGAUGGUCAAAACGCCAUCUUGUCAUAUAUUAGCGAUGCGAUCUCCAAAAACUUUGAACUUUGUAUAGUCAUAUCAGUCAUCGCGUUAGUAUUCUCGCUAUUCGUCGAGCACUAUGAAUUGAAAGAAGAUCGUGGUAUAGGCAUUGCAAAUGUCGAAGUAUUGAAUGAAAAGGUUUAA